UUUGCCUCUCUCUUUCUCUCCCCAAAGCCAGAACCUAAAAGGAAGAAAGGUCUCUCUUUUACAUGAGAGACCCCAAACAAAUACCCAGGAGGAGGGAGAGAGAGAAAGAUUGAGAGGGGAACUUCAAAAGCAGUAAUUUUCAUGCAUUCUUAAUGAAACCCAGAUCCAAUUCGAAACCCUAGAGUCCCUAAUUGGCGUCAAAAUUUAAAAUUUUGUGGGGGAAUUUUUGAGUUUUGGUUUUCAAAUGGCUGAGUUAGGGCAACAGACGGUGGAGUUCUCGAGUUUAGUGAGCCGAGCAGCCGAGGAAUCGUUCUUGUCAUUGCAAGAACUCGUGGAGAAAUCGAAAUCAAGCGACCAAUCGGAUACGGAGAAGAAGAUUAAUCUCCUUAAGUAUAUAGUCAAGACCCAGCAACGGAUGCUUAGACUCAAUGUUCUUGCUAAGUGGUGUCAGCAGGUUCCAUUGAUACAGUAUUGCCAGCAAUUGGUAUCUACUUUGUCAAGUCAUGAUACAUGUUUCACCCAGGCUGCAGACUCGUUAUUCUUCAUGCAUGAGGGGCUACAGCAAGCUCGGGCCCCUGUCUAUGAUGUUCCAUCUGCUGUUGAAGUCCUACUCACAGGAUCAUAUGAGCGUUUACCAAAAUCUAUAGAAGCUGUGGGUAUGCAAAGCUCAUUAAGUGAAGAUCAGCAGAAGCCUGCUUUGAGAAAGCUGGACACACUUGUACGCUCUAAAUUACUUGAAGUUUCACUGCCCAAGGAAAUUUCUGAAGUGAAAGUUUCCAAUGGUACAGCUCUGCUUCGUGUAGAUGGCGAAUUUAAGGUGUUAGUUACUCUUGGUUAUCGAGGACACCUAUCAAUGUGGAGGAUUUUGCAUUUAGAAUUACUUGUUGGUGAGGGAAGUGGGCUUGUGAAACUAGAAGAGAUGAGAAGGCAUGCUCUUGGUGAUGAUUUAGAACGCAGAAUGUCUGCAGCAGAGAAUCCAUUCAAUACCUUAUACUCAGUUCUGCAUGAGCUUUGUGUUGCACUUGUUAUGGACACUGUGAUAAGGCAAGUACAGGCACUUCGACAAGGGAGAUGGAAAGAUGCUAUUCGCUUUGAGCUGAUAUCUGAUGGAGGAAGUGGUGGUUCCACACAGGUGAAUCAAGAUAAUGAAUCUGAUUCUGCUGGUCUAAGAACUCCAGGAUUAAAACUUGUCUAUUGGUUAGAUUUUGAUAAAAACUCGGGUGCUUCAGACUCAGGAGCUUGCCCAUAUAUAAAAAUUGAACCUGGACCAGACCUGCAGAUUAAGUGUCAACAUAGCACUUUUGUUAUAGACCCAUUAACUGGCAAGGAGGCAGCGUUCUCCCUUGACCAAAGUUGCAUUGAUGUUGAGAAGCUGCUGUUAAGAGCUAUAUCGUGCAAUAGAUAUACUCGCCUGCUGGAAAUUCAGAAGGAGCUGGUGAAAAAUGUGCAGAUUUGCCGAGCUACUAGUGAUGUUGUUCUCCACUCACAGGCUGAUGAACCUGACAGUGAGCAUAAAAAGAAGGAUGCUAAGCUUGACAAUAAGGAGCAUGAGGGGCAAGAAGUAUUACGUGUCCGUGCUUAUGGCUCAUCAUAUUUUACCCUUGGAAUAAACAUAAGGAAUGGCCGCUUUCUUCUCCAGUCAUCCCAGAAUAUUCUCUCACCUUCAGCAUUGUUAGAUUGUGAAGAAGCUUUAAAUCAAGGAACGAUGACAGCGGCUGAUGUUUUUACUAGCCUGAGAAGCAAAAGUAUAUUACAUCUAUUUGCCUCUAUUGGCAGAUUCUUAGGCCUCGAAGUCUAUGAACAUGGUUUUGCUGCAGUGAAGGUGCCCAAGAACCUUGUGAAUGGUUCUGCUGUACUGGUAAUGGGGUUUCCUGACUGUGAGAGUUCUUAUUUUCUGCUGAUGGAACUUGAUAAGGAUUUCAAGCCUCUGUUUAAACUGCUAGAGACUCAGCCAGAUCCAUCAGGGAAGGGUCCGUCAUUUAAUGACUUGAAUAAUGUGUUGCGCAUCAAGAAAAUUGACAUUAGCCAGAUGCAGAUGCUUGAAGAUGAAACAAAUUUAAGCAUACUUGACUGGGGAAAAUUACUUUCAUAUUUGCCUAAUAUUGGGGGUCCAAAUCAGACCUCUGAACAUGGCCUUCUUUCUGAAUUCAACCUAGAUAGUUCUAUGCAGAUUUCUGGGGGUCCUUCAUUAAGCUUUUCAUCAAUUGUUGAUGAAGUUUUUGAAACUGAAAAGGGGACAUCUGCCACUCCUUUUCCUUCUCAGAAUUUUUCUUCAUUCAGCUCAUCUCCUGCUUCUCAUCUUGGUUCUGUCCCGAUGAAUAUUCAUGGUGUAAAAGCUGGAACACCCUCUCCAAAGUGGGAAGUGGGUUUGCAGGUCUCACAGCUUAAUAAUGUUGCAAAAGUAUCAAGUCCAGCCACUCAUUAUGGUAGUUCAUUAUAUCCAUCAAGUGGUCUGAAGGGCUCACUUCAGUCUAGUUCUUUUGGUUCAUUGUCUUCUGGUACAGGAAGAGGCACAUCUGCGAAGAAGCUAUCCACUUCAAAAUCUGAUCAGGAUCUGGCUUCUCUUAGAUCUAAUCACUCAGUUGAGCUUGGAGCAUUGGAUGAAGAUCAGUUGAGAUUGCUAAAUGAUACUUCAAAGGAUGCACUGUCAGCAAGUAGGUCAUCUCGACUAUUAUCUCCACCCAGACCAACUGUUCCUCGAGUCUCUGCACAAAUUGCAAAGCCUAAUGGACCUAGAAGCUCAUCCUCCGCAAAUCUAACUGCAUCUGUUAGGUUUGCUGGAUCAAGCCCUUUGGCUUCACCACCCGUAUCCCAGGCAGCAGAAACUCCAAUUUGUCAUGGUACUUCUCAUGAUGUUGCCAAACAUGACAAAAAUCCACGAAAGCGUACAGUUUCAGAUAUGUUGAGUUUGAUUCCAUCUCUCCAAGGCAUAGAGGCUGAUGCAGGAAUUCGUAAGAGAAAGAAAACCUCUGAUGUGGCUUACACCCAGCAGCCUUCAUCACAGGUGCUUAUUUCUACAGAAAUGAUCAAUAAAACUGAAGUAUACAGUUAUGGGAAUCUUAUAGCUGAAGCAAAUAAAGGGAAUGCACCUUCUUGCAUCUAUGUUUCUGCUCUUCUUCAUGUGGUAAGACAUUCUUCACUCUGUAUUAAACAUGCAAGACUAACUAGCCAGAUGGAGGAACUGGACAUUCCAUAUGUUGAAGAAGUGGGUCUAAGAAAUGCAUCCUCCAAUAUAUGGUUCCGACUUCCAUCUGCCCGAGGUGAUUCAUGGCGGCAUAUAUGCUUGCGACUUGGCAGGCCUGGACGCAUGUCCUGGGAUGUCAAGAUAAAUGACCAACACUUUAGAGAUUUGUGGGAACUUCAGAAGGGAGGUAAUAAUACACCUUGGGGUUCUGGCGUACGCAUAGCCAAUACAUCUGAUGUGGAUUCUCAUAUUCGUUAUGAUCCAGAUGGUGUUGUUCUGAGCUAUCAAUCUGUUGAGGCAGAUAGUAUUAAGAAUCUGGUGGCAGAUAUACGAAGGCUCUCUAAUGCUAGAAUGUUUGCUCUUGGGAUGCGGAAAUUGCUUGGGGUUAGAGCAGAUGAGAAACCUGACGAAGGCAGUGCAAACUCUGAUGUUAAAGCAUCAGUUGGAGGCAAAGGUGCUGUUGAUGUUGCUGAUAAGUUAUCAGAACAGAUGAGAAGGUCUUUCAAAAUUGAGGCCGUAGGACUGUUGAGUUUGUGGUUUUGCUUUGGAUCAGGUGUUUUAGCUCGCUUUGUUGUGGAGUGGGAAUCAGGUAAAGAAGGCUGCACAAUGCAUGUGUCCCCUGACCAACUUUGGCCUCAUACCAAGUUUUUGGAAGAUUUCAUAGAUGGAGCUGAAGUUGCAUCCCUCUUGGACUGCAUUCGGCUUACUGCAGGACCUUUGCAUGCUCUUGCAGCUGCAACUCGGCCUGCUCGAGCUAGUCCUGCUCCAGGAGUCCCUGGAGCAUCUGCAGCUGUUUCUUCCAUGCCAAAACAGUCAGGUUACAUACCAUCCCAGGGACUUCUGCCAAGUAGUUCAACUACAAAUGUUAAUCAGGCUGCUUCUGGUCCAGCAGGAAAUCCUGUUGCAUCUGGUUCCGCAAGCUCUCUGGGAAAUCAUGGCCUCCAUGGGGCUGGAAUGUUAGUUGCCCCUCCAGGGAGAGGUGGCCCUGGCAUUGUCCCCAGCUCACUGUUGCCCAUUGAUGUUUCUGUUGUAUUACGUGGUCCAUAUUGGAUACGCAUAAUAUAUCGCAAGCGUUUUGCAGUUGACAUGCGAUGCUUUGCUGGAGAUCAGGUUUGGCUGCAACCAGCGACACCACCUGCAACACCACCCGCGGGGGGAUCUUCUGUCGGAGGGUCCUUACCAUGUCCACAGUUCAGGCCUUUCAUUAUGGAGCAUGUUGCCCAAGAAUUAAAUGGAUUAGAUUCUGGUUUCACCAGUGGUCAACAAACAGUUGGCCUGGCAAAUUCAAACAAUCCAAACUUGAAUUCAGGUCCACAGCUUUCAGCAAAUGGAAAUAGAGUUAAUCUCCCUACUUCGGCAGCAAUGUCUAGGGCAGCAAAUCAGGUAGCUGGUUUAAACCGUGUGGGAAAUGCCCUUCCAGGAUCACCAAAUCUGGCUGUUGUGAGCUCGGGAUUACCAAUACGUCGAUCGCCUGGUAGUGGUGUUCCUGCACAUGUAAGGGGGGAACUGAAUACAGCUAUUAUUGGUCUUGGUGAUGAUGGAGGAUAUGGAGGUGGAUGGGUUCCUGUUGUUGCUCUUAAGAAGGUUCUGAGGGGUAUUCUCAAGUACCUUGGAGUUCUAUGGUUAUUUGCCCAGUUACCAGAUCUUCUGAAAGAGAUCCUGGGAUCAAUCUUGAAGGAGAAUGAAGGCACACUUUUGAACUUGGACCUGGAACAGCCUGCCUUGCGUUUCUUUGUGGGGGGCUAUGUGUUUGCUGUAAGUGUCCACAGAGUUCAACUUCUUCUUCAGGUUCUUAGUGUGAAGCGCUUCAAUCAGCAGCAGCAGCAACAGCAGCAACAAAACAAUGCUAAUGCUCAAGAGGAAUUAACUCAAUCUGAAAUAUGUGAGAUAUGUGACUACUUCAGUCGCCGCGUUGCAUCAGAACCCUAUGAUGCCUCACGAGUUGCAUCAUUCAUUACUCUUCUCACGUUACCUAUAUCAGUUUUAAGAGAAUUCCUUAAAUUAAUAGCAUGGAAGAAAGGUUUAGCCCAGACACAAGGUGGAGAUAUAGCUCCUGCACAGAAACCCCGAAUUGAGUUAUGUCUUGAAAAUCAUACUGGGGUAAAUGUUGAUGAUAGUUCCGAAAGUUCAUCCAUGACUAAAAGCAAUAUCCACUAUGAUCGACCUCAUAACUCCGUGGAUUUUGCACUGACCGUUGUACUUGACCCUGCCCAUAUACCUCAUAUAAACGCUGCUGGUGGCGCUGCUUGGCUGCCGUACUGCAUCUCAGUGAGAUUAAGAUAUUCAUUUGGUGAAAACCCCAGCGUGUCCUUUCUUGGCAUGGAAGGAAGCCAUGGAGGACGAGCGUGCUGGUUGCGUCUCGAUGACUGGGAGAAAUGCAAGCAGAGGGUGGCUCGAACUGUGGAGGUUAGUGGGUGUACAGCAGGAGAUGCUGCUCAAGGAAGGUUGAGGGCAGUGGCAGACCAUGUACAAAGAGCUCAUUUGUGCAUUCAAGGAUUGAGAGAUGGUGUGGGCAAAGACGGAUUCACAGAUCCUAGGAGCCUUUUUUUUGGUAGCAUCAUGUAACUACAAGUUUGAAGAAAAAGUUUUACUUGUGUCUAGUGAUUUAAUUAGCAUUUUCUCUGUAAAUUUGAUUAGUGUUAAUAUCACACAACUGGCAAGUUCUUUUAAGGAAGUUCUUUUUAGCAAUCCUUAGCUCUCAGCCUCAAAGAUAUUUUCUAAGAUUUAAAGCAUGAUAAAAAGUUAUAAGUA